AUGUCUUACAACUUUGGCUCUGGAAAUUUCUCCUCCCAAUCAUUUGGAGGCUUCUGGAGGCCCACAGUUUCUGCCUGCAAUUCUGUCUACCCCACAAAUGUAAUCAUUCCUCUGAAGGCCUACCAGCUGGUCUGUUCCAUCUGCGGUGGACAACAGGAGAGCUUUUUCAAGCCCAUUAGCAACCAGACAUCCUGUACUGGGACAAGAUCCUUCCAAACAUCCUGCUUCCGCCCAAAUAAUUUCAUCUCCAGUCCUUGCCAGACAAAUUACACUGGAUCUCUUGGAUAUGGCAGCACUGGCUUUGGAUCUUUUGGUAAUUUCAACAAUGGCUUUGGAUCGUGUGCUCACAGAAACACUGCCGUCCAGUAUUUGGGAUCCAGCUUCUACCGCCCAUCUUAUUUUUCCACCAGAAGUUUCCAGUGA